AACCCAGCCUAGGGAAGGCGAAAGACGUCCCCAGGCGCACGCGCACUGCGAGCGGACUGGGCGGAGCGUGCCUCCCAACGGGGUUGCAGAGGAAAGGGGAGCGCGUGGCGCCCCGGAACCCGCGCACGCGCCGUAGUCUCGCCCCGCCCAUGCGCGCGCGCGGCCGGCGCAGCAUCUUUUCUUCAGACCCGCCCCCCUCUUCUACUUCAACUAGAAGAGGCAACGCGCGAGAGCUGGGAAGUGUGGGGCGAGGUGGGCGGGGCGUCGCACACAAGCGCGGCCUGCAAAAGAAGGGAGGGGGAGGGAGAGAUCCAAGACAACGUUACCGCGUCAACACCCAAUCGGGAGCCGGCGUGACCCCGCCCCCUGCCCUCACGCUAUUGGCUGGGAGGCCCCACAGGGGCGGGGCCGGCCGUGGGGUUGGGGAGGGCAGGGGGCGGGGAGGAGGAGGAAGGCGCUGGCGGGCAGUGAUGGCGGCUGGAGAUGGGGACGUGAAUUUAGGCACCCUGGGGAGUGGCAGCGAGAGCAGCAGCGACGGUAGCAGCGAGAGCCCGGGCGGCGCGGGAGCAGCAGCAGAAGGGGGCGGCUGGUCGGCAGCUGCGGUGGCGCUUCUGACGGGGGGCGGGGAGAUGCUGCUGAACGUGGCGCUGGUGGCGCUGGUGCUGCUGGGGGCCUACCGGCUGUGGGUGCGCUGGGGGCGGCGGGGUCUGGGCGCCGGGGCCGGGGCGGGCGAGGAGAGCCCCGCCGCUUCUCUGCCUCGUAUGAAGAAGCGGGACUUCAGCUUGGAGCAGCUGCGCCAGUACGACGGGUCUCGCAACCCGCGCAUCCUGCUUGCGGUCAAUGGGAAAGUCUUCGACGUGACCAAAGGCAGCAAGUUCUACGGCCCGGCGGGUCCAUAUGGAAUAUUUGCUGGUAGGGAUGCCUCCAGAGGACUGGCGACAUUUUGCCUAGACAAAGAUGCCCUCAAAGAUGAAUAUGAUGACCUCUCAGAUUUGAAUGCCGUGCAGAUGGAGAGUGUUCGAGAAUGGGAAAUGCAGUUUAAAGAAAAAUAUGAUUAUGUAGGCAGACUCCUAAAACCAGGGGAAGAACCGUCAGAAUAUACAGAUGAAGAAGAUACCAAGGAUCACAAUAAACAGGAUUGAACUUUGUAAACAACCAAAGUCAGGGGCCUUCAGAACUGCAAUUCUUACUCCCUUUCACAGAAUGUCCAGCGUCUUUGGGUUUGGUUCACCUGCUGCAAAAAACAUUCAACAGACUGUUUGUACAAGCUAAAUGAGUCUCACUAUGAAGAUUCAAAUACUAGACAUUAUUUAUGCUGCCAGACUUAUUUGUUGCAGUUGUCUGUAAUGUCUGGUGGGGCUUCUUCAUCCUGAAAAGGAGGAGACAAGGAUUUUUUAAAGAGCAAGAAAGUCACAAGAUUAUUUUCUCCUUUUUUUCUCCCCGCCCCCCCCCCCCCUUUUUUUUUUAAAUCAAAGACAACCUGAAAUGUAUUUGCUACUUAAGUGUACAAAUCUCCUCAGAAGGACAGCAAGGAAUUCCUGUUUCCCGUGCUGUGGUUUUGUUUCAGCAGUGAAAAGGAGGAGGCCUGGGCAGGAGAGGUGGGGGUGCACACCAGUUUGAGUAGUUAAGGCUACUGAAACAUUAAAACGUGAAUUCCCAAGCUUUUCUUUUUGGGUUUUGUCAGGGAAAAGAAAAAAAACUUUAUUUCUGCGAAAUCUUUGGAACUUAGAAGAAGGGAUUUCUGGUGGAUUUAAGUCAAAGCUAAUUGCCCAACUGUAGCAUCAUUUGAAACUAGUUUUUAUCCCUUUCCUUCCCCUAGAUCAAAUCAAUAUUAAUUGUGCCUUAUUUCACUUACAUGGACUUGAAUUAUUUUUAGGGAAAGCCCCUAUGUGAAUUCAGAAGUCACUACAAGCAGCAUUGAGACUGAAGUUGGAAUAUUCUGUUGACCGCAAAACCUUGAUGUCAUUCUGUGUAUAUAGAAUGUAAAAGGAAUAUUCAGUGUUACUGCCAUAUAUGUUAAUAUACACAAACUUAAUUAGCAUUGUAAUGGCCAAAUGCAUUCCCCCAUGCUUUUCUCUUUUCAGAAAAAGAUUGAAAAAGAAAUCAACAACUCUAUCCCCUAACAGAUGCCCAAUUUUAGGAGUCUUGACUCUCACAUCUCACUGGUGUGGGUGCAUGGAGCCGUAGUAUGGAUGUCGUAUGGGUGUGUCUGAGUGUGUGUGAGAGCGCCUUGGAAGGGACUCUGCAGAUACUGUAAAUACCCAUACCGUUUUAAUAAAGCAUGUACAAUAAACCAAAAUAAGCUUGAGUUGGACUUUAUAUACAAACUGUAAGCCAGUGCAUUAUGAUAUGGUAGUGGAGAUUGUGUACUUGAUUCAAGAUAAGGAAAAAUCUUAGACAUGAAUGGCAGGCACUGGUUAACCAAAUUGUACACAUUGUACCACAUUCACUGUAACUUUAGGAAGAAAUUCCACUUUGUGGAACAUUCUCAAGAGAUCUGAGAUUAUUCAGGUAAGAACUGAUAUAUUAAAAUGUACAUAUUUUUAUUUUCUAUUUUGAUGCCAACUGAUUAUCCUAGAAGUAAUAGCAUUCCAGGUGGUAGUUAUUGAACACAAAACAAUAAAGGAUAUUAUACUGAUAGGUAUUAAAUUCUUCUGUUGUUAGUUUGAAAAAGCUCUUCCUAAAACCCCUAUAAUGUCCAAUAUUUGAUUUCAUCAUGACUAUUUAGGUUCUUAAUUGGAGACAGGUUAUACCAAAAAGACAAUUUUAUUUAGUACGUCACCAGUUAGAGAAAAGAAUUCUCCUCCUGCUUUAUGAGUAUAAUAUAUGCAGAAGCCAUCAAAGAAAGGGGAACUUUUAACUGCAAUAAUAAGCUAAAGUAUGUAAAAUACUACAUUCUAUUGUAUUCAGUCUUGGAAUGUUUUGUAGAAAAUGAUGAACUUCAGCCAAAUCUUUGCUGAAGACUGGUUGCAGCAACUGAAAAGUGUUGAUAAAUGCUGUGUGUGUUUUUAUGUAAGAUAUUUUCUAAAGAGAUUUGUUAAAGUACAUGUCCUCUGCAGUAAACUGAUAUAUAUGAAUCAUUUGAGCCUAAAGUUAAGUAGUAAAUCUACACUUGUGAAUAGAGAAACCCUAAAUAUUCAUGCAGUAAAAAUUAUGCAGUCUGUUAAGAAAAAUGAGUAAUUUUGUGCUUUGAACUUGAAAUAAACAGUGUUCUAUGGACA